GGGUUGGGGGGGCGGUCACGUGAUGCGCUGCGCCGGAAGGAGAAUGGCGGCGCCGGCGCUGGGCGCGCUGCUGCUGCUGCUGGGGGCGGCGGCGGUCGGCGGACGGGAGGUGUCAAUGCAGUACAACCCCGGCUGGAACGGUUCCUCAGUCAACGUUCUGCACGUGCGGGCGGUGGGGCGCAGCGACUCGCUGCACUACGUGUGGAGCAGCAUCGGGGCCCCGUCGGUGCUGCUGGUGGCCACACGCAGCCCCAGCAGCGCCCUGUCCAUCGACUGGAGCCGCCUGCUGUCCCCUGCGCCCGCCGGCGCCGUGUGGAUCGAGCCGCCCGGCAGCGUGGUGUAUGCAGCUGCUAUUGUCUUCACCAAGCUGUUUGAGUACAGCAAGGCCGAUGCAUCGGAGGUUUUCUACCCCACGUACGAUCUGUCAGACUUCUCCUGGGACAGCAUCAACCGGACCGUGAACCACACCGCGCUGACGGCCGAACUUCGGGGCGUCCCCACCUCCGACCCCAGCGGCAGCUUCUCCAACGGCAGCCUGGCGUUCCGGGUGACGGCUUACGGAAGCGGCGGGCGCGACAGGGCCCUGCCCGGCCUCCUGCACACGGCCAACAGCUCCAAAGUGGAGUUCGUCCUGACUGGGGCGGCCCCGCGGGGCAACGGCUCGCGCUUUGUGCUGGAGGUGGCCACGGUGGAGGAGAGAGGGGCGGCAUCCAGGCUGCGCUCGGUGCGCUCCAUCGACGACGAAUACACCCCCACCAUCUUUGAGACGCUCUCCCUGGUAGCGGAGUCGCAGAACGACAGCUCUGCGCUCAGCUUCCUGCAGUGGAAGGCGACGGCGUACGGCUCGCAGCACCCAACGCGCGGGGACGGCAUCCAGUGCCACGCAGGAGGGCUGCGUGCUGCCGGCGGGGCCCGGCCCCGCUCCGCCGUCGUCCGCGCCUACUUUGGGGAUGGAGCGGGCAGCGCCUACGGCGUCAGCGCCAUCAACGUCUCCUUCGGCGGGGAGGACGGCGGCGCCUACCGGGAGAAGCGCUACCUGAGCUGGUCUGCACUGCUGGGCUUCGGGCCGCCACCUGAGGACACUUUUUCUCCCCUCAUCAUCUCCAUCGUGGCCGCAGCGCUGGGCGCUCCGCUGCUUCUGCUCCUGCUGGGUGCUGCCGUGCUGCUCUGCGCCAGGAGGAGACGCUACAGCGAGUACGAGCCCAUCAACUGAGCGGUGCUGCUCGUCCCGGGGAGCGAUCACGGCUGCUGCCAUCUUCACUUCUCGGGGGGCACGGGGCAAGGUGGGCACUGGGCCCGCCGCCAUGCUGCCGUGCCACGCUCUGUCCUGCUGCCUGCGCUGACGACGGUGCUUCCUUUCUUUCUGAUGCACAACUGCCAGGGGCUGACGGGGCAGUGGGUCCGGGUGAUCCCCGUCAUCCUCCUCCUGUGGGCGGGCACCUCGUGCUGCCUGCCUUCGCUAAGGCUGCUGCUACAGGAGUCAGCUCAGGACUGUCCUGAUGGAGACAUCAAGAGACCCUGGGUCACAGCAGGAGCUGCUGCCCUUCCACUUGCAGUGAUGGUUGGUGGCAGUGCUGCCACACUUCCGUGUCCUCAACCACUGACUCAUCUUUGACCAAAUAAAAGGGAUUUCUAAGA